AGAAGGAGAAGAAGAAGGAGGUUGGGGGAGAAAUAGCAGUGGAGGGGAGGAGGUAGUGGGGUUUGGAGCUUGGGGAAGGCCAGGCGGGGCAUGGAGGGACUGGCCAUGCUGAGGCAGCUAAUCGAACAGGUUCAGGAGCUCUGUGAACUCUAUAGUUCUCCUUCUUAUGAUCGUCAUCAUCACCAUCUCCUUCCAGCACAACAACAUCAACUACAACUGCACAGAUGCUGUUUCCUCGAUCUCAAUAAUAGUUCCAGUGAUGAUGGUUAUUAUGGUCUUAUAAUGAGGAAAGGAAAGUCAAGCAGUUUCAAGAUGGUCGAAAAUUGCAAGCCUCCACCCACCAAAAAGUCUAGAAGAGAGCGUAACCGUGAAAAAUUGUCUGAUACUGCUGGUUCAGAUGAGGUAAUGGAAGACCAGAUCUGGAAAGAAUUCCCAGAGGACCUUUUUGAAGCCAUGAUUGCAAGACUCCCUAUUGCCACCUUCUUCCGAUUUCGUUCUGUUUGUCGAAAAUGGAAUUCCUUACUGGCUUCUCAUAGUUUCUCUCAACAUUGUACUGAAGUUCCCCAACGCCAUCCUUGGUUCUACACCAUAACUCACGAGCAUGAAUAUGCCAAUAGUGGAGCUGUGUAUGACCCGUCCUCAAAUAAAUGGUACCAUCCAUUAAUUCCUUUGUUACGCACAAAGAUAAUCAUCUUUCCGGUGGCUUCAGUGGGUGGUCUUGUCUGUUUUAUUGAUAUUGGUCACAGGAACUUUUAUGUGUGUAACCCUUUGACUCGUUCUUUCAAAGAACUGCCAGCAAGGUCUGUUAGGGUCUGGUCUCGUGUGGCUGUGGGGAUGACUCUGAAUGGGAAUUCAACUGAAAUGGGGUAUCAAGUCCUAUGGUUAGGAGGUGAUGGGGAAUAUGAGGUCUAUGAUUCUGUGAAGAACACUUGGACCCAUCCAGGAAGCAUGCCUCCAAACAUCAAGCAACCCCUCUCCCUGAACUUUCAGUCACAGGCUGUCUCAAUUGAUGGUACUCUGUAUUUCAUGCGUGGUGAGCCAGAAGGGAUUGUGUCCUAUGAUACGGCAACUGGGGUUUGGAAACAGUUUACUAUUCCGUCCCCACCGCAUCUGACAGACCAUGCACUUGCAGAGUGCAGGGGCAGGAUCAUGCUUGUAGGAUUACUGACUAAAAAUGCAGCCACAUGUGUGUGUAUAUGGGAGCUGCAGAAGAUGACACUCUUGUGGAAGGAGGUUGACAGAAUGCCAAAUAUAUGGUGCUUGGAGUUUUAUGGAAAGCACGUGAGGAUGGCUUGCUUGGGUAACAAGGGUUUACUCAUGCUGUCAUUAAGGUUGGGGCAGAUGAAUCGAUUGGUUACUUAUGAUGUCUCUACCAGGGAAUGGAAGCGGGUCCCUGGGUGCAUGUUUCCUCGUGGAAGGAAGAGACAGUGGAUUGCAAGUGGCACAGCAUUCCACCCAUGUCCAACAGCAGUGGCAUAGGCUAAGUGUGGGUUUCAUACACUUACCUUGCAAGAAUUUGCUGCAAAUUGUCUUACUGGGAUUAUCAUUGUGAUCAAAUAUGUCAUGACAGUGUCAUUGAUGCUUAGUUAAGCUGAUGUUCGUUUCCUUGUUCAAACAGGAGAACAUGUUUGGUGCCCCAAAAGAUCCGUGGGAUGUUCAAAGUUAUUUCAUCUCUCCUUUGGCGGAGAGCUUAUCAUGUUUAUCAUGGACCAUUGAUGCCAGCAUUUUUCUUCAGUCCUGUUGCGUGCU